AUGUAUUCUGACGGCAGGCCUGAGGUGACGAACCAGCGUAAGGAUACAAUAAUUAAGGUGGAACUUGGUUGCAAUUGUGAUAAAAUACCAAGGUGGCAAAAUGUAAAACUGCUAGGUGUAGGGGAGUGUUUGGUAUGGAGAAAUCGCCCUGCUCAGACGUUGUGUAUACCAUGGGAUGAUAAAGUCAUCACAUAUUCUUCGAAUUCGAAAAAGGCACCAGCAAGGACAACAACUGGCUGCCAACUUCAGGAAUCAAUUGUACUCGAUUGCACCAUGAACAGCAAUCUAUCCCCAGGUGAAGAUGUCAAAACAAACGGAGGCGUUCACUUAAACGGUGAUGCAGAUGGUAGGGUAGAUGCCAUCUCGAUCGAGCAACCGCUUUUUCUUAACCGGAACAUGGAGGACCAGCUUGACCUCCUGGUUUUGGCGUGGGUAUUGCUUCUGUACCGCGGCAGUGGACUCAGUGAGGAUGGAGAAUUUGCGUGGGGCCUUACGGAAGCAUCAAACGACGAAUUUUCCAAUUUCAGACCCAAAUUCUCCGGCAAUAUCAUUGAUAUCAUCUCGGGGGAGAGCGAUCACAUCUCUAAACCCCUAGAGUCCAUCCGAGCAAGGCGUCCCAGCAUCUCCAAUGACGAACGAAAGCAGUUGAAGGAUUAUUCCAUUUUCUUCACAAAUGUGGCUCACACCGCGGAAAAGUAUGGCGAUCUAGCAUUUGCCGUAGAAAUAUCCGUAUCUGGGGAGAAGUUGUAUUUGCAGCACCACGGGCAACAUUCCACAUUAUCUCGGAACGCAAUUGAAAUCCAUGUCGACGGAUUCAUUGAUAUAUUUAAUUCGAUAGUCGUAAACCUGGACAUGACCGUGGCUCAGGCUAUGCAAAUUGGGGAUCGUGAGUUGCAACAACUAUGGAAAUGGAAUGCGAUCGUCCCUCCGGAAAUUGAUGAAUGCAUCCACGUUACGUUCAUGAAAAACGCCCAAAAAAAUUCUAAUCGCAUGGCGGUUGUCUCGUGGGAUGGGGAGCUAUCAUACGGAGAGGUUGAUCGCUUUUCAACGCAGCUGGCAAUACGUCUUAUUGAACUGGGUGUCAAAAUAGGGACGGCGGUGCCACUCUGUUUUGAAAAGUCAAUGUGGACUGUUGUUGCUGUGCUCGCUGUGAUGAAGGCGGGUGGAGCCUUGGUGCUCACGGACCCUGGUCAACCAGAGGCACGAUUGGAGACCAUAGUGACGGAAGUGAGUGCAAAUCUUAUGUUGACUUCCGUAAAGCAGGAGGAGCUGGGACAUCGACUUCUGCCCAGAGGAACUGUUCUCGCCGUUAGCCAUCACAUUUUCCAAUCAGAGCAAAAUUCAUGCUUCACAGCCGCCUUGCCGUCCGUUCCUGGGUCAUCUACGUUGUAUAUUAUUUUCACUUCAGGAAGUACCGGUAAACCGAAAGGCGUCGUGAUAUCGCACGCCAACUACGUCAGUGGUGCAUUGCUCAGAGCGGAGGCUGUAGGUUAUGGACCACACUCACGCGUGCUCGAUUUCCCGUCGUAUGCCUUCGACGUCAGUAUCGAUUGCAUGUUGUGCACCCUCGCACAUGGAGGUUGUGUCUGUGUACCCUCCGAAGAUGACCGAGUAAACAAUCUUAGCGGUGCAAUACGUAAUAUGAAAGUUAACAUGGCCCAUAUGACACCGUCAGUUGCAAGAGUACUCGAAUCAGAUAUUCUACCAUCUCUUGAAGUCCUUGGUCUAGGUGGAGAGUCCGUUUCUGCCCGAGAUGCGGCCAACUGGGGUAGGUUCACAAAGAUCAUUAUUGCAUACGGUCCUUCGGAGUGCACGGUUGGAUGCACAAUUAACAAUGACGUUCACAUUGAUCGGUCAUACACCAGCAUCGGCAAGGGCGUUGGCGGCGUUACAUGGGUGGUGGAUCCCGCAGAUCACAAUCGCCUGAUGCCUAUCGGAGCCAUUGGAGAACUCAUUAUUGAAGGACCAAUUGUCGGCCAAGGUUAUCUUAAUGAUCCAGUAAAGUCCUCAACUGUUUUUAUCAAGGAUCCCACGUGGCUAGUUUCCGGUGGAGGAGGGAUCCCUGGGCGACACGGCCGUUUCUAUAAAACAGGUGAUCUCGUACGAUAUGGUCCAGAUGGUUCAGGCUCCAUAGUAUUCGUUGGCCGAGGCGAUCAACAAGUAAAGCUCCGGGGACAGAGAGUGGAACUAGGGGAGGUUGAACAUCAUCUGAGGAUGAAGUUACCUGCUGGAACCACGGUUGCAGCGGAGGUUAUCACACCGGGUGGAAUGAAGGGAGAGCCAACUUUGGUCGCAUUUAUAGCCCAAGAAAAUACACCGAAAGCACGGGGACAGGGCGAAAUAGCGGCAUUUUCCACAGAACUUCAGCAUGUUUUAAAUAUCAUGGACAAGGAGCUUGCAGCUUCCCUUCCUCGAUAUAUGGUGCCAGCAGCAUACAUUCCACUCUUCGAAAUGCCAUUGUUAGUAUCGUGCAAAACAGAUCGAAAGAAACUCCGGGCCAUUGGAUCUGCUAUGUCAAGGAAGGAGCUUAUAAAACUCAGGACGUCCACGGAACAGGCGCGAGAGCCGCAGUCGGAGAUGGAGCGGAAGUUGCAGCACAUCAUGAUAGAUUUGUUUGGCAAAGAAGCGGACAUUAACGUGCAAAGCAAUUUCUUCGAUUUGGGGGGCGAUUCACUCAUGGCGAUGAAGUUGGUGGCUGCUGCACGCCGGGAGAACAUUUUAACAAGUGUGGCUGACAUCUUCCGAUAUCCAACGCUCUCUGAGCUGGCUUUAACUUUGAAGCAUACCGACGAUGUCGACGUACACACCGAAGUACCACCAUUUUCACUAAUAGACUCGACCUGGCAAGCGGAAGAUGCUCGUGUCGAAGCAGCAAAUCUUUGCAGUCUUAACGCAUCGUCGAUAGUGGAUAUGUACCCCUGUACUCCGCUCCAGGAAGGGCUAAUGGCUCUUUCGGCAAAAAUCAGCGAAGCUUAUGUUGCUCAAAGAGUUGUUGAGCUCAAAGAUAUCCAAACGGCAGAACGGCUUCAGAGGGCGUUUGAGACUGCCGUCGCUGACUCGGCGAUCCUACGGACCCGUAUCGUGCAAGUUCCUGGCCAUGGUCUCAUGCAAGUUGUGGUCAGGGAUGAAAUCUCGUGGCGGUCAGGUCGAACAUUAGAGGAGUACUUGGCUCAGGAUCGAAAUGAGCCAAUGGGAUUGGGCACAGAACUUGUCCGUUUCGCCGUUCUCCCUAAUAAAAAAACAAAUGGGGCUCAUUUCGUCUUGACGAUACACCACGCACUUUAUGAUGGUUGGUCGAUGCCAUUGAUCGUCAGGCGCAUCAAUAGGGCGUACAACGGGAAAGAAAUAGAACGACCAGUAUCGUUCAAUUCCUUCAUCAAAUAUCUUAGUGGCCUCAACAGCAACGAGUCCAAGAGCUACUGGAAAGCACAGCUACAAGGCGCCACCAGUUUACAGUUUCCAUCUCUCCCAUGGCCCGGCUACCAAACACAGCCUCAAUCUCUGCUUGAACAUUACGUUCCAAUAAGCAAGCCCUUAAUAUCAAGCACGAGUAUUGCAAUUGCCAUUCGGGCAGCCUGGGGCUUAGUUGCAGGGGCUUAUACAGCCUCCGACGAUGUCAUCUUUGGAGAAACCCUGACAGGUAGAAACGCCUCAGUUGUCGGCGUUGACAAAAUCGAAGGGCCUAUGAUUACCACAGUGCCUGUUCGCGUACGAAUUGAUAGAAAUUCACGAGUUAGCGAAUAUCUACGAAAAAUCCAGGAUGACACAGCAUUUCGUAUCCCCCAUGAACACAUGGGCCUGCAGCAUAUCCGACGCCUAAGCCCCGACGCACGCGAAGCUUGCGAGUUAAGGACUGGCAUUGUGAUCCACCCAAUGGCUACUGAGGAUGACACGAGCAUAACAGGAGAAGGGCCAGCAAAUGGCUUUGUCCCGGCAGGAGACGAAGAUGCUGCACGUGAGGCACUGAAAUUUAAUACAUAUGCACUCAUGCUGGUCUGCUCUCUUGACCCCAAGGGUUUCCUUGUAAUGGCCAGUUUUGACUCAGCAACCAUUGACGUGACUCAAAUGGAUAAGGUUCUGGGACAAUUCGGACGAACUGUACAGAGACUUUUUGACGACUCAGGGGAACUGGUAAGCAACUUGCAGUUAAUGUCGGAGGAAGAUCUAGCUGAGGUAUGGCAUUUCAGCAAUACUAGCAAAUACUUGGAUGAAGGAGUAUUGGGAGCCAACUGCUCUGGUGCAACAGCAACUUGGGUGGUUGACCCUCAGAACCCAGAACGAUUACUUCCCUUUGGGGCAAUAGGAGAGCUUCUAAUCGAGGGGCAGUUUAAAUCUGCCACCUCCACAUCGAUCCAAAGCACAAACUGGCUUGCCGCUGGAUGUCGGGAUAUGCCGGGAAGGAGAGGAAAGCUUCAUGAAACGAGCCAGCUGGUCAAGUACAACAGUGACGGUUCACUAGUUUUCAAAGGCCAAAAGUCCGACGUGAUCAAAUCCAACAUAGAAACAGAAAAGCGAGAAGUCAAGAAACGUCUCCAUGCCACGACAUCAGAGCAGCAGAAGUUGCAAGAGCUCUGGAGCCGUAUACUUGGCAUUAACAAAGAGGAGGUUGACCUCAACGACAACUUCUUUGACCUCGGUGGCGAUUCUAUUAGCGCCAUGAAGCUGGUUUCUGAGGGAAGAAUGGAGGGACUUGAGCUGACUGUAAUGCAAGUCUUCCAGCACAGACGACUUUCGGAUAUGGCGGAUAUUGUAAAAGAUUCGCUGUCUCUCUCAACACCAGCCAAAGCAUACGUUCCGUUUUCAACACUAGAUAUCUCAGAUAUUGAAACGUUCAUCUCCGAGUCCAUCCGACCAGCCCUUGCAGACCCAAGCUGGAUAAUAGCGGAUAUACUACCUGCACGCCCCCUCCAGGAGAUCGCCGUGGAUGGGACUACAAAACUCCCCCGUUACUCCGCGCGAUACGAGCUAUUUUACCUAGAUGCAGCAGUUGAUAGACCGCAUCUAUUCAAGAGUUGUCAGGAACUCAUAUCCCGAAACGAAAUUCUCCGGACGGUAUUUGUCAAAUCCCGAGGGUCCUGUUUUGGUGUUGUGCUUCAAGACCUCCAGCUACCUUUAGUCGAAUAUGAGAUAGAUGGGGACCUGGAGACCUUCGCGGAGCAGCUCUGCAAUCUCGAUGUCCAAAUGGUGAUGCCACUGGGCUCGCCAUUUAUAAAAUUCCUGUUUGUUCGGUGUUCUGACGGGAGAAGCUGUCUGAUCAUGCGUAUUUCCCAUGCCCAAUAUGAUGAAAUCUGUCUGCCCAUUUUGUUACGUCAACUCUCCGCUCUAUAUGAAAGGAGAUCGCUCCCUUCUGCCCUACCGUUUUCAUCUUUUGUCCACCAUGUUGUUCGAGAAAAUAUUCCCAAAAGUAUUCAAUACUGGCGCGAUCUGCUGAAGGGAGCUUCGAUGUCAAUAUUGCGUCCAUCUACCCCGCUAGAAUCCAAAAAGUCGGUUUUUAUAUGCAAAACAUUCGAUAUCUCGUCUCGCCCCAAAGAUAUCACCAUUGCCACUCUCCCGUCGGCGGCUUGGGCACUUUGUCUGGCUCGCCGGUUGGCGGUUCGCGACGUCACUUUUGGGGAAGUGGUUAGUGGUCGCAACAUCGAUCUUCCCAACUGCGACACUGUCAUGGGCCCAACCUGGCAAUACGUCCCUGUCCGCAUAAAAUUCGAGCCUGGCUGGACGGGAGUCGACCUUCUCAACUUCGUCCAACACCAGCACAUUUCUAGCACUCGUUUCGAAGGCAUUGGGUUGAAGGAAAUCGUCAAACAUUGUACUGACUGGUCCGAGACGGUAGACUGGUUUGACUCCGUGGUACACCAGGACGUCGAGCACGUGGAAAGUUUAGCGUUCUUAUCGGCGAACAGUCGAAUGGAUACGAUAUAUCCACACUUAGAACCGCUGCGUGAGUGGAAGAUACAAGCCUUCCCGAAGGGCGACAGUUUGGGUAUCGAAAUCGUCACCUUUGAGUCUUGGCGCGCGGAGGCUAAUUCAAUCCUCAAUGAACUGGGCGACAUAAUCUCACAACUGCUGACCAAGCGUAAUUCAGCUCUUUUCUGGACUGACAAGACGAGCAGCAACCCCCGCCCACGAUGCUCCGGAGCCUAUUUUGAUGCCUCAAGAGAUAUCUGUCGUAAUUAUAACAUGCUAGAGAAAAUAAGUUCACGCCAAGUUUCCAGCAGCGUCGCUGAAGGAGAACGCCUCUGGAGUGCUGAAAACCGCUUUUGA